ACCGUCCAACUACGCCUUAUCAUAUACAUAGAAUCUCUAUACAAUCCAUCCAGCGCUGAUACACAACUAGUAAGAGGAGGAAGGAUCCAAAUAAUUCAAGAAUGAUAUAGGAAUCGAAUGCAAUCAUGACACGAUUAAUAAUGAACCGGGCUAAACGGCGUAAUUAUACCCCGUAGCUUAUAAAUACUAUUAAAUAGGACUAAAAACGCGGCGGCUAAGCGGCGAAUUUGGAUAUUCAAUAGGUACCGUGGCUUCACGGAAGUUGUAUGAGCCUUGUUGUCACUAUUUAUCAGCUUUCUUUUUGUUGACAUCGAUGCCAUUUAUAUAAGUGUGGAAUCUAGCACUGCCGAUGAUGGAAUUUCUAAACAAUCUCGCAAGCUCAAGAACCACAGCAUCAGUAACGAAGGCACGAAGUUCCUCAUCAAAAAUUCACCAUGACAUCCUUCUACGACUUGACGAUCCCCGUCUUAACCAAGAUCCUCCAGACUGAGGUGGAGCUGCUCAAAGAAGCCGAGAAAUAUGCCAAGGAGAACGGCAAAUCCGUCGACGACCUUCUCAAAGCUCGACUGAGCCCGGACAUGUUUCCGGCGUCGACACAGGUCUCGAUCACGGCCAUGUUCACCAACAAGAUCCUCCAGAUACUAGUUGGCAAUAAAUUCGAGUGGAAUGUCCGGGAGCUCACGCUAGAAGAGUGCUAUGCUCUGAUCCAAGGUGCCCUUGCCGAUCUGGCGGCUGUCAAGCCCGAGGACCUGAACGGCCGAGAAGCUGAGAUCGUCGAGUUUCCCAUCGGCAAGAAAUUAUGCAAAGCCACGGCCGCAGAAUUUGUCCAACGACCCGUCGCAUCUCAGAUGUACUUCCACUUGAAUAUGCUGUACGCUAACCUGAGGAAGGAAGGCGUGCCGCUCGGCAAGCCGCUCUACCUGACGCACUUCAUUGACGGCUGGACGUUGCAUUAAUAACACGAGUCCUAUAUCGCCAAAACACUUGCGCGGGGUUUAUGUAUGAGGUUGGCUUCGGAAAAUGGAGAGGAAAAAAAAAGUUGUUGGCUUCGGUAGAGGGUAUGGGUCAUAGUUAGAGCUUCAAAUGAGACUCUUUGUUGACAUUCAAUGAAUAGAUAGCACUGGAGAAAUUCAUCCUCGAUUGAGAGAUGAGCUAAAGGACUACGUUUACACUUGCGCGAUGUUUGAUACUAGGUAGUUUUCUGAAAACAACAUCCGUAAUGAACUAGAUCCUGACAGAUAUUAUUCCAUAAGAGGGUGUGAUGUGGAUACUAGGUAGACAACAUUAGAGCGCUUGUUUGACAGGUAUGUUUUCUUCUAGGCUAAGGUACCCAGGUAAAUAGAGGUGACCAAUUACAGCGUUGAUAGUGCCGUUUAUAUUUUUCACUAGAU